ACGUGUAAAAUUCAAUUCACUGUGCUUCUGCUGCUGGAUAAAGAAGUUGACCAAGUUUUGUCUUCGUCUUCAUCGCACUUACAUAUCUAUAAUUGAGCCCUCUUUGCUGAACAAUCGCUCAUUUCGUUCCAGUCCAUUGGUCCGUCAGGUUCUGUAUCGUUCUUCGUCUCACCUCGUCAACCAAGUAGUCUGAUUAUAUCAAAAUGAUUCGCUCCUUCUCAACCCUGCUGAAAAGUGAGAUUGGUGGGAGUGGUGUUUUUCUGAAGAGAGGAAAAGCUACGUCUCACCCAAAAACCACGUCUGGUGCGAAAAUAACACCACAACAGAUUUUCGACAGAGAGUCAAAAUACGGGGCGCACAAUUACCAUCCCAUCCCCGUCGCCUUGUGCAGAGGAGAAGGCGUCUACGUCUGGGAUGUCGAGGGACGACGCUAUUUCGACUUUCUGAGCGCCUACUCGGCCGUGAAUCAGGGCCAUUGCCAUCCCAAAAUCGUCGCCGCGUUGAAAGAGCAAGCCGACAUUCUCACCUUGACGUCGCGAGCGUUCUAUUCAGACGUGCUGGGCGAAUAUGAGGAGUACUUGACAAGACUGUUCGGAUAUGAUAAGGUCCUUCCCAUGAAUACGGGAGUCGAAGGUGGCGAAACGGCGUGCAAAUUGGCCCGAAAAUGGGGCUACAUGAAGAAAGGGAUUCCCAAAAAUGAGGCGAAAAUAGUCUUCGUGGAGGGCAACUUUUGGGGAAGGACGAUGUCCGCAAUUUCAGCGUCGACAGAUCCCGUUUCCUAUGAAGGCUUUGGACCCUACAUGCCAGGGUUUAAAAUCAUUCCGUAUAACGAUUUGGAGGUUUUGGAGCAAGCCUUGCAAGACCCGACUGUGUGCGCCUUCAUGGUGGAGCCGAUUCAAGGCGAGGCUGGCGUCGUCGUCCCACACGACGGUUAUCUCAAAGGCGUCCGGGACAUCUGCACCAGGCGAAAUGUUCUCUUUAUUGCGGACGAGGUGCAAACCGGACUCGCCCGCACGGGGAAAAGACUGGCCGUCGAUCAUGAAAAUGUUCGCCCCGACAUUGUCAUUUUGGGGAAGGCUUUGAGCGGUGGUGUGCUACCGGUUUCUGCUGUUCUUGCGGAUGACGACGUCAUGCUGUGCAUCCGACCUGGAGAGCAUGGUUCGACUUAUGGUGGCAAUCCACUCGCUUGCAAGGUAGCAAUGGCCGCACUCGAAGUCAUGGAAGAGGAAGGAUUGGCCAAAAACGCGGAAAAGAUGGGUCAAGUAUUACGCACUGAAUUGGCCAAAUUGCCAUCCUCCGUCGUCAAACUCGUGAGAGGAAAAGGGCUCUUGAACGCAGUAGUGGUUGCACCAGAAUUCGACGCCUGGGAAAUGUGUGUUCGCCUGAAGGACAACGGACUCCUGGCCAAACCCACGCAUGGCGACAUUAUCCGCCUUGCCCCACCCCUCACCAUCAACCAGACUGAGCUGGACCAGGCCAUCGCCAUUAUGAGUGACACCAUGAAAUCAUACGUCCCCAAGAAGUAGAUGAUGGAUGUCACGCGAUAAUCAAUAAUUCGGAUAAGAUUCGUACAUACGUAUUUUUCUUCGUGUCAGAAAUCAUUUACUUUAUUGCUACAUUAUUAUUAAUUAUUAUUAUUCUUGUCCCAUCACAAUUUAUAUUUUCGUCGUUGAUCCAACAUCGAUCGAUCAAAUGACUAACUAAUCUGGACCAGAUUUGCAUUGUCUAAGACUAAAAUUGUAUUUUUUUCAAGUAAUAAAAUUAUUCUGGAAUAUUA